AUGGCAGGAUCAGCUUACGGAUCAGGAAAAGCACAAGACACGGAUUUCCGUCGAAAGUGGGACAAGGCGGAAUAUGCGGCUAGAGCCAAAGAGCGAGAAGCUCGAGAGCGAUUGUUGGAUAUCAAUGCGGAACGUAAACGACAAGGCUUACCACCGAUUCAUCGCAAAAAAGAGGAAGAGGACGAGCCGAAGCAAGCAUUAAAAGCCCGUGAAGAAAAGAUCGUUCUUGAUGCCAAUGUCGGCAAGAUUCAAGUCGUGCAAUCAGCUCGUCAGCCUGGUUUCUAUUGUAAAGCCUGCGACACUGUAUGCAAAGACAGUGCCAAUUACCUGGAUCACAUCAAUGGCCGAAAACAUCAAAUGAAUAUGGGCGUGUCCAUGAAGAUUGAACGAGCGUCCGUCGACUCCGUAAAAGAUCGGUUAGCCAUGCUCAAGCGAAAAAAGGAAGCGCCUGAAAAAACCGAAUAUGGUUAG